AUGUCCGAAAACAACAUGUCGAUGUCUCCCUCCCCCUCCCCUCCUCAUCACCAGUCGUCCGGCACAGCCUCCCGGCGGCCGCCGAGGAAGAGCACCCUCACACAACAGCAGAAGAAUCAGAAACGUCAGCGCGCGACCCAGGAGCAGCUCAUCACACUGGAGGCCGAAUUCAACAAGAACCCGACACCCACAGCCCUUGUCCGUGAGCGCAUCGCAUUGGAGAUCAACAUGACCGAGCGAUCCGUGCAAAUCUGGUUCCAGAACCGACGUGCCAAAAUCAAGACCUUGGCGAAGAAGAGUAUCGAGACAGGCGAGGAUUGUGAUGCGAUUCCCGAGUCCAUGCGCCAGUACCUCGCUUUGCAGGCGAUGGAGUCAGGAAAGGGCUUCUACAUGGGCGAUCGCUACCGGAUGUCUGCCUAUGGCAACGGAACCAUGUUGAUGCCUCAGGAGACGCAACCACAGGGAAAGAUUGUCAUCCACCACUUCAACUGUCGGUCGCUUAACAUCGGUACCUGGCGUCGCGUGGGACAGAACACGAUGGACUUGAUCGUGUUUUACUCGCCCGAAAAGGCUUGUCUGACCUACUACAUCAACAACGAUUCUGCAGGUUACAAGAUCGAGUACCCGUUCCAGUACAUCAAGAGCAUCGAGUUGGAGACACACGAUGUGGCGGCGAGCAACUCGACCACCGGACAGCAGAAGCAAGGACAAUUGGUCAUCAACCUGACUCGGCCGCCAAACUUUUUCAUGGAUUCGUCCGGGUCCGGGGGUUUCUACCAGUGCGGCGAUUUCACCGAGGAUCAACAGGCUUCCCAGGUGCUCACCCACUACCUCGGCGGACACCCCAAGAUCCUGGCGGGCCAGUUGGCGAAGUUGGUGACGCUGGAGGCAUUCGCCAACCGACACGCUCACGCGAUGCAUUAUUCGAUGUACGAGCAGUCCAUGUCGGUCUCGGCGCCUGUGUCGCCACACAUCAUCCGCCCGGCUUCGUCCAACGACAUCCCGACCUGGCCUCAACACCAUCAGCUGGAGGUCGCUCCUGGCCAUCAAUUCCACCAGAAGCACCGUCGCACUCGUAGUCGGUCCGUGCCGAUCGCUAUUGACUUCUCUCAGAUGCAGCAGAACAUGCCAUCGUUCUCGUUCCAGGACCACAACGACCACAACGACCACCUGUACGCGCCUGCACCCAUGCACCCACAUGCCCUCGUGGGCUCCGCUCUCUCCGGCACGCCGCUUCGGAUCGACACGUCGUCGGGCUUCCUCGACUACCGACCCGGUUCAACCGGCUACCCCCUCUCGGCCACUACCACUGCUUCUCCGUCCGACUACGCGAGUCCCAACAUGCUCCAUUCUGCUCCUCACACCGAUGUGAACGGCGGUGGAUACGGCACUCCGUACAGCUUGCCGUUCCUGUCGCCGCUCCACGGCCCGUCCAACGGUGUGUCGCAGUCCAUCUCGCCCAUCUCGAUGGGUGCCGACCCGAUCAUCGCCAGCGGAUCGCCUCCCUUGACCCACCUCGACCGCUCGUCCAGUGCCGACAUGUUCUCCAACGCAUACGAUCACACCGGAUCCAUGCAGGAGGAUCUGAGCGAGCUGUACUCGAAGCAAUCGUUGAUGCAGAUGCAUGAUUCACCACCGCAUAUGGACGACCAGGACUCCGUCGACAUGCAGCAUCUGAUGCAGUUUCCAAUGACACACGGCUUAUCGCCGGAUCCCAAUGGCAUGUAA